AUGUCAUCUCCGUUUGAGAGUGAAACAAUGUCAUCUAAUUCAGUUCCUUCUAACGCUAUUGUGGCUAGUCAACAAACACCAAUAGAUUCUAGUCAACAAACUAACGAAGGAAAUGAUGUUAAUGAUAGUAUUAUUCAAAAGAAGAGGCGAAAAACCUCAACCAUUUGGGAGGAGUUUGAUCAAGUUGAAAUUGAUAAUGGGAUCAAAGGGAAAUGCAAGUAUUGUAAACAACUAUUCACGUACUCAGGGAAGGGAGCUAGUACUAGCCAUCUUCGAAGACAUGUCACUGUCUGUUUGCAAAGAAAGUUGCUUGUUUCUUCACAAAGCAAGCAACCCACAAUUCCAUUUCAACCUUCCAAUCUGAGCAUUAAUCCAUUUUUGACACCGGGUGCUAGAUAUUCUGAUGAAAAGAUGAGGGAAAUAAUAGCUACUGCAAUCAUGGUGCAUGAACAUCCUUUUAAUAUUGUUGAGGAUGAAGUUUGGAUGUGGGGCUUUCAAUAUGCAAAUUCUGAAUUUCAAAAAGUAUCUCGAAAGACAGCAAGAAAUGAUUGUUUAGCAAUAUAUGAGGCAGAGAAGAAACAAUUGAAGGCCUUAUUAGAAGGUGUGAAUAAGAUUAGUUUGACUACUGAUAUGUGGAAAUCAGCUCACCAAGUAGCUGAAUACAUGGUCAUCACUGGGCAUUUCAUUGAUUCGGGAUGGAAUCUUCACAAGCGAGUUUUGAGUUUUGUGAAAGUUCCUGCUCCUAGACGAGGAAUUGAUGUGGCAGAUGCUAUUUUCAAGUGUUUGAAGAGUGGGGUAUUGAAAACAAAGUAUUCUCUGUGUCAGUUGACAAUGCUUCUUACAAUGAUUCUUGUUUAA